AUUGUUUUAACGAAAAUAUUUUGUUGUUGAUUUGAGUGUCGAAAUAUGCUGCUUUGAGAGACUUGUUUCACUUCUUAUCAUGGAUAACCGGCAAAAACAGUUGUGCAACCUGCAAACCAAACUACAUGACCAAAGAAAAGAGGUGGACGAUGUUUCUAAGAGCUUAAAAGAUGUCGCAAACAAAUUUCAGAGAGAUUUUAAAAAAAGUCACAUAGCAACAAUUGUUGGGUCCACUACUGGUGUGGUUGGUGGAAUGGGCGCUGUCGUGGGAACGGGUAUUGCUGAUUUCGCGAGCGACGCUUCCAUGGGACUAAUUAUUUAUGGAGCCGUAAUUGGUGCAUUAGGAGGCACAGUUUCCGUAGGCGCAUCGAUUGCUGAAAGCGUAUACAGAACAAAAGCUUGCAAGGAAGCGGGGGAGCUAUUGAACAAAUUUCAACAAACUCGCAAAAACAUCGUAGACAGCUGCAGUGUGAUAAUUGAUAAACUUAAACAAGAAGGAUUUGAAAAUAGAUGUCUUACAGUUAUAACGCGUCAAAUAGGUGGACAAGGAGGCAUAAGCAUCGCUGAGUUAAUGCACACUAAUGUUUCAGCAACUAAACAGGUUGGAGAGCCGGCAACAAAAUGUGUAUUGGAAUUUGCUGGUACUGCAGGCAGAGUGGCUUCAGCUAUGAAUAAGAUGACAUGCGCGACCACAAAAGCAAUCCACAUGGCGGGCGGGUUUUUCGGGAUAUCAGUUAUUGCAGUCGAUAUCCGGUCCCUCUAUCGCUCAGUGCAUGCCGUGUCAUCAGAUCAAUUGCCUGAAACGGCUAAACAGAUUUGUGACCUGGCAGAAAAACUGCUAGACACGUGCCCGAGUGACCGAGAAAUUGAUGAAAUGAUUGAGGAUAUUCUUCAAAGAUUAUAGAUUACAAGCAUAAUUGUUUUAUGUGAAGAUGACCAAGGUAUCACUCCACUUGUUUUUCAAAAUAUAUGCACUGACUUUCCUGCAACAAAUGAAUAUAAAAAAAUAAUUCUAGAUAAAGAAAAAAGAUAUUUUUAUCAUUCUGUACAGAACUGUUUACGUUCAUAAGAUAUUACCUUCAUAUUUAGGUAGAUGAUCAUGGACCAGCGUCUGAUGACGUACUUUUCACAUGUUUGAGAAAAUGUAACAUUUUGCAGAACAAAAAGAUAACGCACGAAUUGGAAAGGGUUUUUUUACGAACCAAGUUGAAGUUUAGGUUAUAAUUGUUGAUGAUUAUUCCUUACCAGCAAUAGCUGCGAGCUUGUGAAAUCUAUAUAUGUAUUAUACGCUACUAUUUGCAAGCCCUAUGUUGUCCGUACACGUGUUUCACGGUUUGAAUGGCAUCAAAACAACAGGUCAGUGAGAUUUUGAGACUUCUAAUAAAUCAUACUUGCAUCGAUUGCUUUAAUAUAUCUAUAUCCUCAUACAUUCAUCAGCGAGUACGCGUACGCCGAAAUUUAAUAGCCGGACUGUUAGAGAGUGUGAUAAUGCAGUAUAAACUGUGUUUUGAUGAUGGUAUGAACAGCAUGGCGGCGUGAAAGCUGAAGACCAGCAGUCUAGCUGCCUGACAGCAUGCAGUCAGAGGCCAAGCAGUACAGAAUUCUGGCAGCUCCAAGUUCACAGUAUAUCAGUCUGUAAACCCGAAUUGCAAAAGCAAUCAAAUCGCUUAAAGUAUUGCAAUUGUGUGCGUUUGUCUGAACAGAUGGCACUGUAGUACCAACGUUGGUGUAAACCCAACUGCGGUCGUCAAAACCAAAGAUCGUUCGCCUCUUUGGACAACACCACAGUACUUUGAAGUUGGUCAUACAUAGUGGGGAAAAAAAGCGCGUAUACAUCCUCAUUUCGUUAGUUUCAUCAUCAUUAUCAUAUCCUUCGUCAUAAUCAUCGUUGUCAUAGCUCGAUAGCAUCAUCAUCAUUAUCAAAAUCAAGAUCGCUGUUGUUUUUUUUAUAUAUUAUAACCAUCGUCAUAUUAUAUAUUCGCAUUCAUCAUCACCACCGUCAUAAUAAAUAUAAGCAUAAUACGCAGCAUUUUUCUCGUCACCAGAUUAUCAGUAUUGCACUUUAUCGGCCAAUACCAAUUCGCUUCGUUAUGAAAUAACAUGAAUACCUGCGUCUGCUUAUUCUUGUAUUGCUCUGUGAUCCACACUCUUAUAAUUAUGAUGACGAACAUAUUGUGUGUGAUAUGUUGAUAAUAGUGAUAGCAUGAUGAUACUAUGAAAUCUUGAUAACGAAGACAUUUGAGAUGAUGGCGAUGAUGGUAACCUGUUGUCUUUGUUAUUAAUGAUUAUAAUGAACACGGUGAUAAAAUUUAUGCGUUUCUGUUGUUGCUGCUUAUUAAGAUGGUAUGCGGCUUACGGUGAUGGGGAUAAGAAUAAGGAUAAAAUAAGAUGUUGAAUAGGCAUAUGUUCCUAUUUGCGAUGUACCAUAUUAUUUGUACGAAUCAUAUGCUCUGCUAAGAAAUAAAAUAAUGUAUGGGUC